GCCACCAUUAUAUAAUACCACCUAUUUCGUUUCUAAACCAACAAACGAAUUAUACUACCUUCAAUAACGCUCCAAAUAGACAAACGUUUUACGCAGUCUAAGGGCCUUUAUAACAAAUCUUAAUAUUCAACAUUCAGCCUGCCAUGGAAGAGGAGACUGUAGCAAGUUCAAAAGUACCAGUCACCAAGGUUGUUGAAGAAACUACCAAGGACAUAACUAAGGAUGCCAAGAAAGAAGAAGAAGAAGAAGCACCCUUAGAUGGAGAAUUUGUAAAAGUCGAAAAGGAAACCGUAGAUGUACCCAAUGGUGGAUCCCACACAUCUCCCGCAUUGCCUGUUGAAAAUAACGAACAACCCAUCGCUGAAAAAAGUAGACAAGUCCUUGAGGCGAAUGAGAAGACAAACGAACUCGAGCUUCAGCUAGAAAAAAUAACCACAACAUUCAAGCACUCAGAGUCUGAGAAUGCUGAACUCAAGAACCAAGUCUCGCUUACAAAUGAAAAACUCGAGCAGCAGGAAAAGAAACACCAAGAUCUUGAAACUGACCACAAGAAAUUACAAGAUCUUUUUAAAGAAACUGAAGAGAGAUACAAUUCACAGAUUACUGCUUUGCAAGAGGAACUACAAGCUCAAGAGUCAAACCAAAAGGAGUUAGUCAAAGUAAAGGAAUCGUUUACUCUAAACAUCGAGUUAGAUAUUUCAAGAAAACGGAUGAAUGAUUUAGAACAACAACUAGAUCUUUCUGUAAGUGAUGCUAAAAAGUUUGAAGAAUUGCACAAACAGAGCGGAUCACAUGCGGAAUCCGAGACCAGCAGAGCAUUAGAGUUCAAAAGAUUGCUUCAAUCGGCUCAAGUUAGUGCAAAAGCGAUGAAAGAUCAGAUGGCUUUAGUCCAAGAAGAACUCAAGGGUUUGUAUGAAAAAAUUGCGGAUCAUGAAAAGGUCGAAGAAUCACUCAAGAAGACCAUCAACUUAUCAGUGAUCCAAGAAGAAUCGGAGGCUUCAAAAGCACAACUUUUGGAAGUCCAGCAAAAAUACGAUUUGCAAGAGGCGAAAAUAAGUGAACUGACCAAAGAACUGAAUCUGAAAGAGGUGUCUGAAUCAUCAACCAAAGAAUAUCUUCAAGCGAAAGAAUCUGAAUUGGAAGAAGUUAAACAGAAGCUUCAUGAGAUUAAAGAGGAACUCGCGGAAACAAAAAAGGAAAAGGAAGAUGUUGAUGCGGUUUUAGUUAAAACAAAAGGCGAAUUAGCCGAAAAUGAGGAACGUGUCGAUAAGCAGUCGAAUGAUUACGACAUUCUUUUGUCCGAAUCUCAGAAAUCUCAGGCAGAACAUGAACACGAGUCAAAAUCACUAAAGGCCGAUUUAGAAGAAUCAAAAUCAUUGGGUGAGAAAAUGGAAAAAGAACUUGCACUACUUACGUCAACAAUAGCCACUCUUGAAGAAGAAAAGAUACAUCUGAACCAGCAACUCCAAGACUCUAUAGACAAGGUAACUCAGCUGGAAACUGAGUUGACUCAAUCAUCCUCGCGCAACACAGAGCUUGAAUAUUUAGAGCUUAAAACUGUUCAUGAAAAGUCAAGGAAUCAUGAAGAACGAGCCAAUGCGAGCCACCAACGUAGCAUUGAGCUCGAAGAUAUAAUUCAGAAUUUGAAUUCGAAAGCCGGAAAUGCAGGUAAAAAGGCAAGUGAAAUGGAGUUGCUUCUAGAAGCGGAAAAGAAAAGAAUUCAAGAGCUUGAAGAACAAAUAACGACACUGGAGAAGAAAUGUAGUGACACAGAAGAAGAUUCUAGAAACUAUUCACAAAAAGUAUCUGAACUCGAAGCAGAAAUUGAAGCAUUGAGAUCAAAAGCAACUGUUCUCGAGGGUGCACUUGAAACCGCCACUAAAAAGGAGCAAGAAUUGACACUGGCAUUGGAGGGUGCACUAGAAACUGCCACUAAAAAGGAGCAAGAGUUGACCGAAUCAAAAUCAGUUGGGGAGAAAAUGGAAAAAGAGCUUGGGCAACUUACCUCAACAAUAGCGACUCUUGAAGAAGAAAAGAAACAUCUAAGUCAGCAAAUGCAAGACUCCAUAGAUAAAGUAACUCAGCUGGAAACUGAGUUGACUCAAUCAUCCUCACGCAACUCAAAGCUUGAAUUGGAGCAUAAAACUGUACUUGAAAAUCCAACUGAUCCUGAAGAAAGAGCCAACACGAGCCACCAACGAACUAUUGAGCUCGAAGAUAUAAUUCAGAAUUUGAAUUCAAAAGCCGAGAAUGCAGAUAAAAAGGCAAGUGAUUUGGAGUUGCUUCUAGAAGCAGAAAAGGAAAGAAUCAAGGAGCUUGAAGAACAAAUAAGCACACUGGAGAAGAAAUGUGGCGAUAUGGAAGAUAGUUCUAGAAACCAUUCUCAAAAAGCUACCGAACUCGAAGCAGAAAUAGAAGCUUUGAGAUCAAAAGCAACGGUUCUUGAGGGUGCACUGGAAACCGCCACUAAAAAGGAGCAAGAGUUGACGGAAUCUUUGGAUUUAGCAACGACCGGGAAAAAACAGUUGGUUGAAGCAACUGAAAAAACUGUUAUGCUAAAAGUCGAAUUAGAUCGGCUUUUGCUAAUAAAAGCUAAUUUAGAAAGUGAGAUCGAAAGCCUCAAAACAAAGAUAUCAGAAACAGAAAACAAGGCUAAUGAGUUAUCUGCUGAAAAUGAAACGUUGGUAGCAACCAUUAUUCAGCUCAAAGGCAAGGUCAAUGAACUCGAAAGUGAGAAGGAAUCCACGUGUCAAACAAUUGAUUCACAUGAAAAAACAAUUGCCGAUUUAACUGAACAGCAUUCUAGAGCUGCUGAGCUGGCAGACAACCACAAGCAUGAACUGGAACAACCUUUGUUGAAACUAAGUGGUCUGGAGAGUAUAGUGGAGGAUACGCAAAGCAAGUCCAGUCAGCUUGAAGAAACCAAUUUAAAACUUACUCAAGAACUUGCUACUUAUGAGUCUAAACUAAAUGAUCCGCAGACCAGUUUGACCGCAGCUUUAACCGAAAUAGAUCAGAUACUGAAUCAGCUCGUUACGUCCAAGAAAGAAAUUGAAGAUCUGAAAGAACAUUUUUCUUCUGAAGGGCAAAAGCUGCAGUCUCAGAUAUCAUAUAGCAUGCUAAAUGAAACACACGAAAAUGCUAAAAAGGAGUUUCAGACAGCCAUAAAUACACUUGAAGCGCAAGUUAAAGAACACACGUCUAACGAAACGUCUCUAAAACUUGAGCUAGAAAAUCUCAAGGCGGAGAUCGAAGAGAAGACUGCGUUAAAGAUCAGUCUAAAGAAUCUUGAAGAAAAUCUAGCAGAAGCCCGAAAUACCAUUGUUGAACAGAAAGAGAUACUUUCACAAAAGGAGUUGGAGCUAAAGGCUGCAUUGAAGGACCUUGAAGCAAAGAAGGAAUCACUUUCGCAUUUGGAGAAACAUGUCAAAGAUCUUACGGAAAAUGCUAAGGUCAAAGAACAGGUUCACGGGGAUAAUGCAAGCGAGGUAAAAUCACGGGACAUAGGAUCAACACUGACAACAACAACAGCAUCAAAGCGCAAAAGCAAGAAAAACGUGGAAUCCUCAACCGCACAUGCAGCUGCACCCACACACUCGUCCUCAUCAAACACACAAAAUCAAGCCCUUGAUGGUUCAAUUGUCACAAGCGUUAAGUUCAUAAUGGGAGUAGCAUUGGUAUCAGCGAUCAUUAGUCUAGUGAUAUUAAGCUGUUUUAAGGUAUUUUUGGGGAAGGAGUGGUGUUAAUCUGUUUUGGUUUUUAUGUUUGGGCUUGAUUUGAGCAUAAUUUAUUAGAACAUGCGUUUUUUUUUUGUCAAUAACUGUGAUCAAU